AUGCCAUAAUUUUUUCAAUUUAUUAGAUCUAUUCUAGCCUUUGCCUAUAUGUAAUAUUCAUUUCCACCUAAUUUAAUAUACUUUCUGAACACUUUUACUAAGCGUCUCUAAACAAUAUUGGAUUAUUUUAGAAUAGAUGAAAUAUUGGGUUAUUUAGAUGGGGGAAGCUUACCAUAUCAAAGUAAAAAACAAAUUAGAAUUAUUCUAUCCACUAAACAAGUUUUAUUUGCUGAAUGCUAAGAGUUAUUACUUCUUUAUCAUUGCUUCAUUAAACACAUAUUUAAUAAGUAGGAUACUCACAUCUUUUAAAAUUGA